AUUUUUAGCAUUGCCUUCGUGUACCAGGCUUGUGAAGCGGAAGUGCACUGGGAGAAAUGGACAAGCCAUUUUAUUCAAUACUGAACUCCAUUUAACCUCUUAACCAUUAUGAUAAAGCCAAAUUGAGGCUGUUUUGAAGAAAAGAUGGCUCCAGCCUAACAAGUUAUUUGCAAGAUGGCAGUCAAGAUGAAUGAACUGGAUCUUUGUCAACUUAUCGCGUUUCCUAACUGGGAACUUAUGACUUGUCAACUUGACUUUUAUUCCAGCUCACACACACACACAUACAUUUUAUGUAUUAUUCAAUAUUGUGAGAGAUCAUACUGUUUUGUUGAAUGUCAUAUAAUUAUGUAUCAUAUGAAUAAGUGGAUUAUAUGUUUGUUUUAUUGUUUGAAAAUUUCCUUUAAAAUUGACUAAAGAUGAGCAAAAAGAAAUAUUCUAAAAUUGACUCCUAGUUUCUGGGUACUUGUUUGAAAGGAAAUUUUCAGACAUUUUUAAAUGAAUACUUGAGUAGAUAUUUUUAUUGCUUAAGAUACUGUUAUUGUGUAUAAAUAUGUAACAUUAUGUUCGUCUUAGGUUUGUCAGCAUCCCUAUGCUGGUAUGAGGAGUUGGGGAGCCGAGGCUGUCACAGCCUUAGUGAAAGCAGCGCUUAUGUUCAAAUAUGAACCGCCACUGCAUGGCAAUCUUAAGCUGCAGUCCACCAUCAUGGCGCCCCUCCAGGAGUUGUCCGUCAUCAAUCAGGGCGACGUCAGACAGAAACAGCUGGAGUGUGUCCAUCAGAUCCUUCACAACAAUGGCGACACGCUGUCCCAUGGCUGGCCUCUUAUCCUGGGCGUCAUCGGUGCCGUCAACAACCAGCAGGGGGAGAAGCUGGUUCAAAUGGCAUUCCAGUCUCUCCAACUCGUUGUGACGGACUUCCUGCCCAUAAUCCCAAGCAUCUAUCUGCAGGUGUGCGUGGACGUUGCUGCCAAGUUUGGUCUACAGAACCAGGAACUCAACGUCAGUCUCACCGCCAUCGGGUUGCUGUGGAACAUCUCGGACUUCUUCUACCAGAAUCGGCAACGAAUCAAACAGGAACUGGAUGAGAACUUGUCGGAGUCGGAGCGCAACAAGCUCGGGAUGCUCCCAUUUGACGCUCUGUGGAUGUGCUUGUUCUCCAAGCUAGGUGACCUGUGUGUUGACCCGCGACCAGCGGUACGCAAGAGUGCUGGCCAGACUCUUUUCUCCACCAUCUCAGCCCAUGGCGCCUUACUGCAGCAGGAGACAUGGAAGAAAGUCCUAUGGCAGGUGCUGUUUCCCCUGCUGGAGCGGGUGCAGAAGUUCUCCAGCAGUGCAUCAACUAUCAAGGAUGAGCUGUCGACCGGCAACAUUCUCAUCCACCACUCCCGCGACACCGCGGAGAAGCAGUGGGCGGAGACGCGCGUCCUCACACUGGCCGGGGUAGCCAGGACCUUCAACUCCAAGAGGAAAAUAUUACAACAGCUUGGUGACUUCCCCCGAGCCUGGUCCCUGCUGCUGGACCACAUAGAAUCCGCAGCCAUGUGCCCCAAUGCUGAGGUCUCUCUGGCAGCCCUGAAGAGCUUCCAGGAGAUCCUGAUAAACAGAGAUCCAUCUAAACCUGAAGAUCUCCAGGACCUGACCUCUGACUUUAUCCAGCCUCCCCUCGAGGAGGUCAUCAACCGAACUGGUGACGUCAAAUCACACACCCAAACAAAAGCUUCGGAAAACACUACCGACUCGGACAGUGAUCUUUCUCUGUGGAUGGCAGCCUGGAAAGUCUGGUUGAAUAUUGGCCAGAUCGCAACACAACCUCCAGAGAAUGUGGACAAGUCACAAAAAGUUUAUGUCCCUUCGCAACAUUUCUUGACGGCUCUUCUUCAAACUUUUCCAGCUCUUUUCAUGCACAUCAAAAUCCGUUUUGUGACUGCUGACUUACACAAGUUGUCGACGGUGUUGCGGCGGGCGCUGUCCGUGCCUGUGCAGGGGGAAGCCUCGCCGUUCAUUAUCCCAACGUAUCCUGAUGUCAUCAUUACACCACUACAAGAAACUGGCCUUCAAGUGGUCGAUGUUCUCAUCAGGACGGUGAAGACCGGCCCAGACUCUAUGCAGUCCAUGUACCCUGACAUCUUCAACCAGCUUCUGACCUUCAUCCAGUAUGGAGUCCGAGCACCAAAGUAUGGUGGCAUAGAGACAAAGGCUUUCGGCACAGUCAAGGGGCCACAGGUGGACUGGGUAACCAUGAACUUUGUUCCCUUCUCUGAAAAAGCUGUGGAGAUGGUGGUUGAUCUGUACCGACAAAACGCCAAACACCCGGCUGUCAUCAACGCCCAUGUUCUCCAGAACAUCAUCAAGACAUUCCGCCUGCCCCUGGGGUUGAAGUACAGCUGCCCCGCCCCGUCGACCUGGAUGUUGGUCAUCAACUCCCUCUUCACCAUCCUCAACAUCGGACUCCCCGUCGCCAGGAAACAUGAUGCUGCUUUUACUGCGAUGUGGGAGGACCUGUCAGGGGCGUUUGAAGACUUCCUCUUCUCUAAAAACCCCUCACCGCCCACUCUAUCCGUGGAGGACUUUCAGAGGGAUGAGGCCAUCGACUGCAAGGUUGUGCAGGUGAUCCGAGACGACAUCCUCCCCUACGCCAACAGCAUGCCCCAGGACUUCGUCGUGAGGGUCAUGGACAUCCUCAACAAGGGAUCCAUUCAUUCUGCAACAUCCGAUACUUUCAUAGAUACAGAAUCUAGUCGCAAGCUGAGAGAGGAUUUUGCCAAGACCUGUUUUGAAACACUUCUCCAGUUCUCCUUCGUCAACAAGAAGUCGGAGUCGGAGGAAGGGUCCAUCACGAAGCUGGCGGUCCUGUCUCUCCUACAGCGGUGUCAGGAGGUCGUCAAGAAGUAUGUGGAGGACGAGAGGCUCAGCGGGAAGUGUCCUUUACCAAGGCCAAGAUUAGCUGAGAUGUCAUCAGUUCUGAAGGCUAUCACAACAUUACUCCAGUCUCUCAAGAGGGCUCCCGUCAAAAACAUAGAGGGCAGCGUAUGGCAGCAGGUGAUUCAGUUGUUCCCGUCUCUGGUGGAGUGUACCACGUCCUCCUCCCCACAGGUGUGCAAGGCUCUGAAAGAGGCGCUACAUGAGUACCGGGAUCUCCUGGCUCCUCCCACCCCCACCGUCCAUAAUGGAAUGUACCAGAAAUAGUGUCACAGUAUGCUAGUGAUGUCUGUAAGAUCUUACGGCCAUUGACCGAUACAGUUUCAGUCAGAUGUUGAUUCAGCAAACCAAUUUUCGAAAUUCCGUCAGAAUGAAAUAACAAUGUCUAGGGAUUGAAUUUGAAAUAAAUCACUGACUUUUGGACUGGCAAAAUUGAAUAGUAUAUCAAUCACCUACGUAUUUGACGUAAUAAGCGCCCCGCUCUAAUAAGCGCCCACGGCGAUAUUUGCUAAUAUAUUGGCUAGUGAACAAUCCCAAUAAGCAUCCCUUCCAAUUGAUCAAUGUACACAAGACUUAUUUAUU